CGUUUGGGGUGUUGGAAAAGGCGUGGCCUCGCGGGCGUUUUGGGGGUGUGGCCUCGCGCGAGCCUGGGCGGUUUGGGGGCGUGGCUUCCCGCGAGGAUGAGACAGUUUGGGGCGUGGCCUCGCUGGAGCCACUACUCCGCUGUCGCCUCAGUGGCGAGAAGCUCUUCCUCUCCCGCAGAAGCCGGUGAGUGGCGGUUUUCUCCUGAGGCUGCUGUUUUUUACGAGGCCGAGUCCUUCAGGUCGGUGGCCUCUUUUCCCUUCCCCUUCCGCUGAGGGGAGACACGGCGGCACAGAAGGCAGAAGGCGAGGGGUCUGAUGGGGAGGACUGGCGAGGCUGGGGCGCUUGCCGUGCCGUUACGUGCGGCUGCGGGGAUGUAUGGCGGUUGAGGCGGGCGAGGCGAGCGCGCCACAGGCCUCUCUCUCCCCAUCUGCCCGACUCUGCCGCAGAAGCACGUCAGUCUCCCCCCUCUCUCUCCCACCCUUCCUCCUCCUCCUCCGUUCCGUCGCCGCGGCGGCUCAGGGGCAAGUGAGGCCGAGAGCAGGUGCCUGUACCGGCUGGAGGGGGGGGAGAGGAGAAGCACGUAGAUGCUGCUGCCAACCUUUUGUUCCGCGAGUUCCCGCAACGCCAGGAGGGAUGGAUGCUGCGCCGCUGAAGGGCAGGCAGAGAUGCGGAUGCUAGAUAAAGAAUGAAAGAUGAAGAGUCUUUGGCAAACAAAAUUUGUAUGGAGAGUGGCUAGUUUGCCCAGCGCCACUUGAAACUUCAGAAACUGUUGGCUGAUGCAGCCAAGCUGACUUUUUAUUAACAUUAUUAAGAAAAGGAAAAUGUUUCACAGCCUUUCUAACACCUUUAAAUCUCUCAAGACAGAACUGAUGUUAGUGAUGAAAGAAAACAAUAUAUUUUUCUGAACAACAUAGAGCUCCAUGCCAUGGCAGGGGGCCAUCACUGAAGGGACCUGAAGAAUAUCUGUCAAAGGUUCUUGGAAUGACUCUCACAGGACCAUACUGGCAAUUCACUCUGGGGAUCUUGCUGGCCUUAAUUACUUUAUGUAUUCAACAUUAAUAAUGCUGUAAUGACUUUUCAGACUUUUUAAGGUGUCAUGUAAGCAUAAUUUGUUUGCAAAAUGAAAUGGGAAGUUUAUGGACCUUGCCAUGCAGCCUGCAUAUAACAGCUGCUACAUCCUGCAGUGGGUUACAGUAACCAUGUGACAUUAACUUGCUGUUUCAACAGCAUUAAGACACAUUUUGAGAAGGAAUUCUCUGCCAAAUUCUGAGCUUUCUGUAUCGCAGGACAUUUGCCAAGUCUUGCCAUGAUGUGUGAGGUAAUGCCUACAAUCAGUGAAAGUGACCCCUUGGGGUCACAGCCUGGCUCUGAUUCUGAUGCCAACUUUGAACAGCUGAUGGUGAACAUGCUUGAUGAGAGAGACAAGCUGCUAGAGACACUUCGGGAAACACGUGAGACUCUGUCUGUGACUCAGGGCCGGCUACAGGAGACCUUGCAUGAGCGAGACCAGUUACAGAGACAACUGAACUCUGCUCUACCUCAGGAAUUUGCAACACUGACCAGGGAACUCAAUGCCUGUCGAGAGCAGCUGUUGGAAAGAGAAGAGGAAAUCUCAGAGCUGAAAGCAGAGCGCAAUAACACAAGGCUUUUGUUAGAACACCUGGAGUGCUUGGUCUCAAGGCAUGAACGCUCUCUGAGAAUGACUGUGGUGAAACGACAAGCCCAGUCACCAUCUGGGGUCUCCAGUGAAGUUGAAGUUCUGAAAGCACUGAAAUCUUUGUUUGAACAUCAUAAAGCACUGGAUGAGAAGGUGAGAGAGCGCCUGCGGGCAGCACUGGAACGAGUAGCUACACUGGAAGAACAGCUGUCCAGUGCCCACCAGCAGGUAAGUGCUCUUCAGCAAGGCCCCUGCCAGAGGGAGGCACCUGUGGGAGAAGAUGAAAAAAAGGGUGAAGUUAAAGAAUCAAUGCAGAAGAUACUUUGGAAGGCUUUAGCACAAAAAGAAGAUAUGGAGGAGAGGAUCACUACUCUGGAGAAGCGCUAUCUGGCAGCCCAGAGAGAAGCCACUUCCAUUCAUGACCUCAAUGACAAACUGGAAAAUGAACUGGCCAAUAAAGAGUCUCUCCAUCGCCAGUGUGAGGAAAAGGCACGCCACCUCCAGGAGCUUCUAGAACUGGCUGAACAGAAAUUGCAACAGACAAUGAGGAAAGCUGAGACUUUGCCUGAGGUGGAGGCUGAACUGGCCCAAAGGAUAGCUGCACUCACCAAGGCAGAGGAAAGGCACGGCAGUAUUGAAGAACGACUUCGGCAGCUGGAGACUCAAUUGGAGGAAAAGAACCAAGAAUUGUCACGGGCUCGUCAGCGGGAGAAAAUGAAUGAGGAACAUAACAAGCGGCUGUCUGAUACUGUAGAUAGACUUCUGAGUGAAUCCAAUGAACGGCUUCAGCUUCAUCUGAAAGAACGGAUGGCAGCCCUUGAAGAGAAGAGGAGGCUGUCAGAUGAGAUUGACAAACUGAGAUUAGAAAUUGGCCAGUUAAAGACCAGAAGUGGAUCUUUCCUUGAUAGUGUACAUACAAGGUCCCUUGUUGGAAGUACUCCAGAUCUCAGAUAUCCCCUGAGUACCAUGGUGCAUGUAACACCUGAACCCUUUGGAACACCCUCCAGCCUUCACCGGGCACCAAAGAGCCGAUUUACAGCUCUGAGGGAAGAACCCUCCAAGGACUGGGAGCUUGCCCAGCCAGGUGGGUUCUGGCCACCACAGCUCACAUUUGACAGACCAGAAAUCUCUGAUGUCGAUGAGGAUGAUCAGGAAACAGUCUUUAGCUCCCUGAUGCUGUCUCCUAGUGGCCAUUCUGAUGCCCAGACCCUUGCCAUGCUUCAGGAACAGUUGGAUGCCAUCAAUGAGGAGAUCAGAAUGAUCCAGGAAGAGAAGGAAUCAACUGAGCUGCGGGCUGAACAGUUGGAAAGCCGUCACCACGGUAGCAUGGGGCCUAAUUUAACACAGCUCCGGAAGAGAGCAUCCAUUCCCACCUCCCUGACUGCCUUGUCCUUGGACUCAUCUCCUCCUGUCAGUGGUCGCUCCACUCCGAAGCUCAGUUCUCGCAGCGCAGCUCAAGUUGAUCGAAUAUGCAGCAUGACUCUUCCUAGUGACCUGAGGGAACAUCGGAGAAAGUUACUUUCACCAGCUGGUCGAGAUGAAAGUCGAGAAGAUAAAACUACCAUAAAAUGUGAGACUUCUCCUCCUUCCUCACCCAGGACCCUGCGUCUGGAGAAGCUUGGACAUCCUGCUCUAAGUCAGGAGGAAGGCAAGAGUUCUUUGGAGGACCAAGCAAGUAACCCCAGCAGCAGUAAUAGCAGUCAGGACUCUCUGCACAAGGGCUCCAAGAGGAAAGGCAUAAAAUCUUCUAUUGGACGCUUAUUUGGAAAAAAAGAAAAAGGCCGCUUGAUCCAGCUGAGCAGAGAAGGUGCUACUGGGCAAGUUAUAUUAGCAGAUUCAGAGAUCAACAUACAGGAUUCUCUUGGUCUUGGCAAGCUAGGUGCUCAAGCAGAGAAAGAUCGCCGGCUCAAAAAAAAACAUGAGCUUUUGGAAGAGGCUCGAAGAAAAGGCAUCCCCUUUGCUCAAUGGGAUGGCCCAACUGUAGUCUCCUGGCUGGAGCUUUGGGUGGGUAUGCCUGCCUGGUAUGUCGCAGCAUGCAGAGCAAAUGUGAAGAGUGGUGCUAUAAUGUCUGCCUUGUCAGAUACAGAGAUACAAAGAGAGAUUGGUAUUAGCAAUGCACUUCACCGAUUAAAACUGCGCCUUGCAAUUCAAGAAAUGGUGUCGCUAACAAGCCCAUCAGCUCCACCCACCUCAAGGACAUCAUCUGGAAAUGUAUGGGUCACACACGAAGAAAUGGAAACAAUGGCAACUUCAACCAAAACGGACACUGAAGAGGGCAGUUGGGCACAGACCCUGGCUUAUGGGGACAUGAAUCAUGAGUGGAUAGGGAAUGAAUGGCUUCCUAGCCUAGGUCUCCCACAGUAUCGCAGCUACUUCAUGGAGUGUCUUGUAGAUGCACGAAUGUUGGAUCAUUUGACUAAGAAAGAUCUUCGAGUUCACCUGAAGAUGGUGGACAGUUUCCAUCGAACAAGCCUACAGUAUGGUAUUAUGUGCCUGAAGAGACUGAAUUAUGAUAGAAAGGAGCUGGAGAGGAGGCGGGAAGAAAGCCACCAUGAAAUUAAAGAUGUAUUAGUCUGGACCAAUGAUCAAGUAAUUCACUGGAUUCAAUCUAUUGGGCUUAGAGAGUAUGCCAACAACAUUAUUGAGAGUGGAGUCCAUGGAGCACUCAUAGCUUUGGAUGAAAAUUUUGAUUAUAAUAGUCUGGCACUUGUGUUACAAAUACCAACUCAAAACACUCAGGCACGGCAGGUGAUGGAGAGAGAAUUCAACAACCUGCUUGCCUUGGGCACUGAUAGGAGGCUUGAUGAUGGUGACGACAAGACUUUUCGGAGGACGCCCUCCUGGCGAAAGCGUUUCCGUCCCCGAGAGUUUCAUAGCAUCAACAUGCUCAGUGGGUCAUCAGAAACUCUGCCAGCAGGAUUCCGAGUCACCUCCUUAGUUCCCUUGCCACCUCCUUCAGCACCACCGAAGAAAAUGCCACCAGAAGUUGGUGCAUCUGGGUCCCAAAGACUGGAGACAUCCACAGUUCGCACAUACUCCUGCUGAGAUUCAGUUUCCAAUGGGACUUGGCCCAGGCCCCAGCACAUUCCCACUAUUUGUAUGGUUAUAUGCUGGCUCCUUUCCGGGAGUAGGCCAGAGACCAGACUAUGCCUGCUCCUUGGCUCCAAAGAACAGAAGCUACAGGUGAACCAGUUCAGACCAUAGGCCAAAAGGACACUGUUUCUCCUGCUUGUAUACAAUUUCUUGGUUUCCUGUUUGGUGUCCUUAAAUCCCAGUUAUAUCAGUGGUGUCCCAUUUAUCCCUCCGCCUUCUCUUGGCUUUAGACUCAAUCUCAGAGAGAGAGACUGAGGGGGGGGGGGGACAGGCUUUUCUAUCCCCAAGUCUAUCUUGUAUGUGAUGCUGUGAACUUGAGAUAGGUCUGGUAAGACAUGAAAGCACCUUAAUGCUCUUCUGCAGUAGUCCCUGCACCAAGAUCUACCUGUACUUCAUCCUACCACUAUGCCUGAGAGCAACAGUAGCUGUCUGUUCCUACAGAUAGUUUGGACUGAAUAAGACAAUCACCAAGGAAACAAUGCUAUGAGAACAAGGAAAACUGAAGUUAGCAAUCUCCCUUGGGUGCACCAGCCUUCUGCUGAUGCUUUCAGUCAUGCUACAGGUUACGAGCUUCUGCCUAUGGACAGUAUUGGUCCUUAGAUAAAAAGGCCAGGGUUAGAAACAGAGUGGGGUAGUGAUCCUUAAUGGAAGAUGAGGAAGAGAUUAGCUCUCAAGCAAGUUUGUAUGUCUUCCAGGCCCCAUGUCUGUUUAUUAAAUGAAAUCAGAUUCUGGGAGUACAUGUGAUGUCCUUACAUAUCUCUGUUGGGUGCACAGUAAUUACCCUAUUUUCCCCUUGUAGACAAACAGAAAAUCUCCCUUUCUUCUCUUUGCAUUUACAGGUAGCCUAUGAUUCAAAAGAUUCCUAGCUGUUACUGUUUCUCCUCUCUAGGGUAGGAUCUGUUUGUCUCCUCAUGCUGCCUUUUGCCUUGUGUGGCCCCCUAUUACUGACGUGGUAUUUCUUGGUGACUGGAAUGCCCUAUACUCAUACCGUGCUGUUUGGAAGUGCAAUAUCCAAGAGACUGUACAUUUGCAAUGUUUUUUUUUUUUGGUGUACAACUUGCCUAAUACAGUAUUAAAUAUUUUUUUAAUUUAAAGAAUAAGUGAUCCGUUUAUAUCAAUAACCUCUUUCUUUUGUCAUAUUGGUACUGCAUGGAUUCCAAACCCUGCAAACAGGUCAGGAAAGGAUGUAUGUUUGUUCCAAUAAACCAGAUUUUAAAGCAAG